CGGGUAGCAACUGAGGCUGUAAGGCAGAAAUGCAGAGGCAGUAUCAGUUGGGGGUUGGCCUCCUUACGAUGGAGGACUUGGAAAGGUUAGAGAGGUUGGAUUUCACGACGGUGGGUGCCUUCGCGACGACAUUCGAGAAGAUGGCGAGGAAGGUUCCAGGGUUGGCUGAGGAGUCUCAAUGUGCCAUCUUCCUAAGCAACUUCACGGAAUGCGAGAACAUUUCCCUGACAAGAAGAGGAGCCAUAGGGCGGAAGUUGACUUGGGAGACGGUGAAGCAAAGCUUGGCAGAUGGGGAGUUGGACCAGGUGUACCAGUUCCAGAUGAAACAUCAACGACAAAAACGAAAGGCCCAAGUUGUUACUGAAGGAGCAGGUAUCAACCUUCAACAACUCAUUGCGGACGGAAUAGCCAAAUACCAAGCUGACCAGCAGAAAGCGACAGGGAAACAAGUUUUGACAGUGACCCAGCCACAGGCUAGAGCCGCAAAGAAAGGGAAGGUGGUAGAACAAUUGGAAGAUGAUGAUGAUGAUGAUGAAGAGGAGGAACCGGCAAAGCUGACGAAAAGUCAUAGAAAGGCGAGGAACCAGGCCUUAGGUGGUCAAGGGGUCAUUCCUCCUGUUUGGCCGGGGUAUAUUCCAUAUGGCCCAUGGUUGUUUUACAACCAAACCGGGCCGCCUGUGGGAGGGCCGACUGCGCAUGCUGCAGGAGGAUACCCCAGUGCGCCAGCUCAAGGAGUGAACUGGCAAGGAGGGGGCCAACAACAGCAGCAAACACCCCCGCCUCAAGUCAACCAACCCGGUCAAGCAGCGGGUCAAGGACAAGGUCAGAACCAGGGAGGUAACGGGCAGAGCAGUCAGGGACGAGGCAAUGGAGACCGCGGACGGGGUAACGGUAAUGGUGGACUAGGCGGUCAAGGGGGCAGACGUGGAGGCAAUUGGAAUGGGCAAGGCGGGAAUGAUAGGCCAAGGUUCGAUUGGAGAAAUGCCAUUUGCCAUCAUUGCGCACUAAAAGGGCAAAUCUUCAGGUUUUGCCUAAUUCGGAAAGUAGACGAGAAAAAUGACCCUAUCUCGACAAACAUGGACGGGGAUGUCUAUGAUAUGUAUGAGAAAAACAUUGACCCUAAGAUUGCUGGUGGUAUGCGAAAGGAGGCACAACGUCGUGCCGAAUUAGGUCCGCCACCACCGGCCAUGUUUCGACUCUGGCAAGAGGAAGAUGUUAGGUCAACGAUAAAGGUGGACGAACUGACCAAUGGUGAGUCGGAAGAGGACAUCAGGAGGCAAGAGUCAGUUGUGAUAGAAGAGGAGGAAGAAGAAUCAUAUUGUCAGGGAAGGGCCACGGAUACCAUGGAGCGAAUGGAAGACCUCGUGGAGAAGAUGCAGAGGUUGAAUUUGGAAAUGAGGUCCUUUUGCGAAGGGGUGGCGAAGCCGAUGGUUUACUUACUAGGCUCAGAGACGGGGUCAUCAAGUGUCAAACCGGCUUGUCAGACCGUGGGAUCAAUCCCCGCGAUCUGGCAUUACAUUCCGACCUCCUCGAGGGCAACCCACAUUCCCGCAAGCAGUAUGCACGAGGAGGGUGGGCUCAAGCAGGGCUCCAAAAGGAGGUACAAGCGUGUGACUGAGAAAAGCCACCCCGUUCCUUUGCCCAAAACUGCGAAAGAAGAGUUCUACUACAAACAGGAACGCGAGCUGAUACGGGAAAUGAAGGAGGAUGCAAAACAUGGGCCGUGCCGUAUCAAUGAGAGGACCGAGGGAGACCUGAUAAUAGGAGAGUCAGGAUUCCUCACGCCACAAGAGAAGGCCCUUAUGGCAAAGAGGGUCCAGUCUCAGUCAGAGCCGGCAGUGGAGGAUGGUGAGAGAGGUGCGAUGGGACCCUCAUCAUUGGACGGAUCGCUAUUACUGAGCGAGAGUCGAUUGGCCGAGCUGCCAAUUGAGCCUGAGGGUUCAUUGACUGCCCAGCUAUAUGACAUGGAGUCUCCUAGGAUGCAGGUACGACAGGAGGUAUCCCUACCAUCGACCAUGGAUAUAGAGAUAGAGCGGGUUGAGGCCGAGGUCUUGGGAUUAGACAAGGGGGAUCCCACAGAGGGCAUACAGACCCAACGAGUAGGAUCAUCACCUCUGGAAUUUGGGGAUACUCCUCGACGAGACGGUGAUAGGAAUGAGGCCAGCAUGAGGGGCCACAGGAUCGGUGCUCUGGAACAAGAGAAUAGAGGACUGAGGGACACGGUAUGUGGCCUCGUCACCCGCGCAGAGCAGGCAAGACAGUCUACCUCGAGACUCAAACAGAGGGUUACUGAUUUAGAGGAGAGUCGAAGGCGUCAGGCCACGACAGAUGUGGUCGGCGAGAAGAGGACUGAGGAGCAGCAGAUUCCUAUAAGACAGGCAUACAUCUCUCAUGAGGUAGAGCCAGGUGGAGUGAGGUUAGACAUCCCUCGACAAGAUUCGCGGACAGAGGAGCCACUUGAGGCUAUAGGGAUGGCAUGUGAGGAGGCGGCAGUCGUCGACAAGCUCAUGCUUGAGCCGGAUGAGAUCGAGAGGAGGAGAGAGGCAGAGGCACGAGGUUUGGACUGAGUCUCUCCCUCAUAGUUGGCAGUUCAAAGGGAUGCAUGGCAAGGAUUGGGGGGCAGACAUGACAAACGAGAGA